CUCGCCGCCGAGAAGAAGCUGCUCCUCGCCUCGUGCUCUCCGCCUUCCCACCUCGCUUCCUCCUCCGCGAGUCCUUCACCCAGGCGCCAGCGGGAGCCUAUAAAGCGCCCCCACCGUCGCCACCGCCAGCCCGCCGCUGCGACCCAUACUCCGAGCGCGUCACGACACGGGACCAAUGGCGGCCGCUGCGUCCUCCACGCUGCACGGCGUCGGCGCCGUCGCCUCCGCCAAGCCCAGAUCCGCCGCCCCAGCGGCCGCGAGGAGGAGCGUGCGCGUGGCCGCCGCGGCGGCCAAGGGAGGAGCGGGCCCGGCGCGAGGCAGGAUGGUGGCUCGCAGCGCCGUUGCAGCCAAGGCGGAUCAGGCGGCCGCGGCGGCUGGAUCCAAGUCUGGCGGCCAUGAGGUGCUGAUGUUUGAGGCCCUUCGUGAAGCCUUGAUAGAAGAGAUGAAUUUGGACCCAACGGUGUGUGUAAUAGGUGAAGAUGUUGGUCACUAUGGAGGUUCAUACAAGGUGACCAAGGGCUUGGCUGAUAUGUUUGGAGAUCUCCGGGUUCUUGAUACUCCUAUUGCUGAGAACUCUUUCACUGGCAUGGGAGUUGGAGCAGCAAUGAAGGGGCUCAGGCCGGUUGUUGAAGGCAUGAACAUGGGUUUCCUUCUCCUUGCCUACAAUCAGAUCUCGAACAACUGUGGUAUGCUCCACUACACUUCAGGUGGUCAGUUCAAGAUUCCAAUUGUGAUCCGAGGACCUGGUGGUGUUGGUCGUCAGCUUGGUGCAGAGCACUCACAGCGUCUCGAGUCGUACUUCCAGUCAAUCCCUGGCCUUCAAAUGGUUGCUUGCUCUACUCCUUACAAUGCAAAGGGCCUGAUGAAGGCAGCCAUAAGAAGCGAGAACCCUGUGGUGCUGUUUGAGCAUGUCCUCUUGUACAACCUGAAGGAGAAAAUUCCUGAUGAGGAAUACAUCUGCUGCCUGGAGGAGGCCGAGAUGGUGCGCCCAGGUGAGCACGUGACCAUCCUCACGUACUCCAGGAUGAGGUACCACGUGAUGCAGGCUGCCAAGACCCUAGUGAACAAAGGUUACGACCCUGAGGUCAUCGACAUCAGGUCUCUGAAGCCGUUCGAUCUGCACACGAUCGGGAACUCGAUCAAGAAGACACAUCGCGUGCUCAUCGUGGAGGAGUGCAUGCGGACCGGCGGCAUCGGCGCCAGCCUGAGGUCCGCCAUCAUCGACAACUUCUGGGACUACCUGGACGCCCCCAUCAUGUGCCUGUCGUCGCAGGACGUGCCGACCCCGUAUGCCGCGACUCUGGAGGAUGCCACCGUGGUGCAGCCUGCACAGAUCGUGGCGGCAGUGGAGCAGAUCUGCCAAUGAUCGUAGUAUCACGACAUUGCUAAGUUACGUUGUUUGUGGAUUCAUAAACACCAUGUUCUGUGUUUGUUUUGCCAUGUUGGUAACACUUGAUUGUGGCGUAGACAUGUUAUAUUUCUCAUCGGUGCAUAUUCUACAAGAUUUGAUGCCCUAUGCAGCUGGUCCUUGUUCUCCAA